GCGCCGAGCUUUGACAUCGGACGAGCCUUUGCAAACGCGCACUUUGCAAACGUAGGAUUGCGCCCGGGGAGCCGCCGUCUCCAUUAGGAUUUGCGGAGGAGCGGGGGGGGGGGGACGCCAGGAUCGGAGAGAUUUAUUUAAAAGCUGCUGCUUCUUUUUAACCAUUUCUCCCCUGACUCCCGCUCCUCUUUUCUUCCUCCGCACCCUCGGCGGGCACCCUUGACCCGUCAUCGAGGGGGGCAUUCGGUGGGAACCCCGGGGUGUUUUCUCCCGUCCUCCCCCCCCUCUGUUUUCCUCGCCUCCUCUCCUGCCCCCUCCCCGCCUCUCGGCUUAUGCAAGGGUUGCGCGGCCGUCGUGGUGGGAGGACGGCGGACGGCGGGGGUUUCUCUUCGAUUUGGAACUUUCCCUCUCAGUGACUGUAGGGUUGUGGGGUGCGUGGGUGUUUAACCCUUUUCUGUUUGCACACGAUCGUCCCCGGGGGGGGGUUAGGUGGAGGGGGAGCGAGGCGACCCGCGGGGGAGUCUCUCUCGCUCGCGAUUUUCCAAGACUCCCCUCCAACCGCCGUGGACAGCACCGAAAGCUGGGGGCGCCUCGGGCGAUGUCCCACGUACGCAUCUCGAAUGGGAGCCCGACCCUGGAGCGGAUGGAAGCCCGGCAGGCGGACUACCCGAAGCCCUCGGCUUGUCGGAACCUCUUCGGCCCCGUCGACCACGAAGAGCUAGCCCGGGAGCUGCAGAAGCACAGCCGCGACCUGGAAGAGGCCAGCCGGAGGAAGUGGAACUUCGACUUCCACCGCCACCAGCCCCUGGAAGGCCGGUACGAGUGGCAAGCCGUGGCCAAGGAGGCCCUGCCCGACUUCUACAGCAGACCCCCCAGGCUCGCCGCCGCCGCCAAAGCGGCCGGCCAGAAGCGGCGGCCCUCGGGGGUCCACGGCAGCUGCCCCUCGGCGGCGGGCUUCAGGCGCUCUCAGGGAAUCUCGGGGGACGGCGAGGACGAGGCCGAGGCAGCCGAGCAGGACGGGCUGGGUCCCGUUCCAAAGGCGGAGGCGGCCGGAGCGCCGGCGGAGUUCGGCGGCCAGAACGCGGGGCCCAGGAAGCGACCCGCCUCGGAUGAUUCCUCUCCUCGAAACAAAAGAGCCAACACGACAGAAGAGGUGAUUUCAGAAGGCUCUUCCAGUGCCAGCUCAGUGGAACAAACGCCCAAGAAAUCCAGCCCAAGGCGGCGUCAAACGUAAAUUGUUUAUUAGAAUGAAGAACUUUUGUUUCCUUGUUCUUUUGGAGGCAUCGGGUUCAUGAAGCAAGGAAGAUGCAGAGUUUAUCUAGGAAAGAAAACAAUGUUAUCACUGAUUCUCCAUGGGAUGGAGAACUUGUACAAGCACUGAAAUAAAACAAAUCUGUAAUUGAAUAACACUAAGAUUAGGCACUCUUAAAAAGAUCUGCCUCGUAAAGCAUCGGAUGUAGCAUUCUGCAAUUAGGUUUUUCCUCAUUUGCUUCAUUGUACUACCUGUGUAUAUAGUUUUUACAUUAUGUAGCACAUAAAUCUCUAUCUCCUCCCCACCCCAUUCUUUUGUUGGGGUGGAGAUCAUAAAGGGUGAGGGGUUUAAAAACUGCUUCCAAAAAUCCAGCAGGCAGAGAUCUGUAUGAAGAGAAGCAGCAUAUAUGUUUAAUUAUUUUUUUAAAGGAUGUAUUGCCCCUUUUAAUUUUUUUUAAAAACAUGUUAACACUGGCUGCAGCAGAUUGAUGGAAUCUGUUGGUGAAAUUUCUGCUCAUUAAGGACACAUUCCAGUGAGAUGUUUUCUGCACUAAACCCCACUAAAAUGAAUGGGACCAGUGGAGGAGUAGAUUCAUUUUAAUGGGGAUUGUGCAGGAGAAUAACUGAUGGCAUUGUGUCUUAAAUUUUAUGUAGGAGCUUUGUUUCUACUAUGUAGCAGUAUAAAGGGCUCCACUUCUGGAACCCUUUAAAUGUCCUCUCCUAAUAUAUAUAUAUAUUUUUGCCUUAUAUAAUGUUAACUUUAAAUGAUUUCAAAAAUAAUUUAAAAUUCAUGUUUUGAAUAGAAUGGAGGGGAAAUUAAUAAACCCUGAACUUCAAUCUCUCUUCAUCUCACUCACUUCUCUGAUGUUCAUGGGUGGGUAAACAAAAAGGAAUAUGACAUCUUUAAACAGUAUUUUUUUUUACAUUGCCUGUAUGUUUUUUUAAAAAAAAUUGAAAUGUACCUGUGUACAUAACUUUGUAAAGACACUGAGAAAUUAUACUAACUUAUUUAUGUUAAAAGAUUUUUUUAAAAAAAUCUAGAAGAUAUUUUCCCAUAAAGCCAAAGUGGCGUCUGUGUUUGUGCAUUUGUAAAUGCUCUCUUUGGUAGGGUUUUUGUUUUUAGUUGUGUGUGUGUGUUUUUUGGAGGGGGGUGUUGUUUUGUUAAUAUGGCUGUGCUUAAAUGAUUGCAGACUGAGCCAAUUUAAUAUUUUUUUGUAAUGUGUGAAAACAGUUGCCAAUUGAUAUUGUUCUACAUCAAGCAAUCAAUAAAGAAAACUGCCAUAUAUAAAUAUAAAUAUAUAUAUAUAUCAAGUGA